AUGCCGACUGCUCUGGUGUUGAAGGGGGCCUGGAUGGCCUCAGUUGGAGCAUUUUCGACGGCUUGGCGUUCAUCACGUGGUGUUGAUGUCCGUGCGCUUAUCGGCACCAGAACUCUUAUCGCUCAGCUGCGGUAUCGGAUGAAAAGGCAUCGACGAUGGGAUGACAUUAUUUUGAAAGUUGCGCGCAGCGAAGUACAGUUGACAUGCAAGCAAACAAAAUAG